AUGGAGAGUGAUCUUUUUUCACAUCUAUUGAAUCUCUCAGAGAUCGCCUUGUCGCGCGGCCUGAGGAGGGACCACAUAGAUCACAGAAUGCUUCAGCCACCGAGGGAUCGACGUUUCCACAGCAUCCACUUCGCCUUCUGAUAUCGCGAACUUUCCAGCGGACGGCGUGAAAGUGGGGAAUUGUUGGAGACCUCCAGAUUCGCGAAAUGUUGGAAUGGAAGGCGCAGACUCUGACUCGCCGUCUCAAACAGGAGUAUGAAGUGCUUCGCGGAUCUGGGAUCAACGAGAGACAAACUUGGUUUUCUUCGGAUAUCACUAAACGCUCGCGGGGAAAUACACUAGCGCGGAUAACGAGACGUUCAGCGCAGACUUUGCAACAUGGCCUCGGCUGUUAAUGUCUCCUCCGAGCAGGAAAACAGAGACCCCGAUCGGCCGAGGUUAACGCGGAGAAAUAGGGGCAACUAUCGGACCGCCGCGGCGGAUUUGGAGUAUUUGCAGCGGCCGAGCUAUUGCGAUGCUGCCUUUGCAUUGGAGCAGAUAUCAGAGGGGAAGGCGACUGGGAGGAAAGCGCCGCUGUGGUUGAGAGCAAAGUUUCAAAGACUUUUGUUUAAACUUGGCUGUUACAUACAAAAGAACUGCGGAAAGUUUUUAGUUGUGGGCCUUUUAAUAUUCGGAGCUUUUGCUGUUGGCCUAAGGGCAGCUAAUCUGGAGACGGACGUGGAGAAACUCUGGGUAGAAGUGGGUGGCAGGGUGAAUCAGGAACUCAAGUACACGCGGCAGAAGAUCGGAGAGGAGGCCAUGUUUAGUCCUCAGCUCAUGAUACAGACGCCACGACAGGAAGGUGCUAACAUUCUGACCGUAGAGGCGCUAAAGCAGCACCUCGACUCUGCCAUAAAGGCCAGCAGAGUGCACGUUUACAUGUACAACAGGCAAUGGACAUUGGAACAUUUAUGCUACAAAUCAGGAGAACUUAUUACAGAAACCAAUUUUGUGGACCAGAUUAUAGAGAAACUGCACCCAUGUCUGAUCAUCACUCCUCUGGACUGCUUCUGGGAAGGUGCUAAGCUACAUUCAGGAACGGUCUACCUCCCUGGCAAACCCCCAGUGCAGUGGACCAACUUUGAUCCGAUGGGAUUCAUUGCUGAGCUGAAGAUGCUGAAGUAUUCGGUGGACAUCUGGGAGGAGAUGCUGGUCAAAGCAGAUGUGGGCCAUGGCUACAUGGACCGCCCCUGCCUAAAUCCGGCGGACCCUGACUGUCCAUUGUCCGCUCCCAACAAGAACAUGACACGGCCUUUUGACGUGGCUCGUGUUCUGACUGGUGGCUGCUAUGGGCUUUCCAAAAAGUACAUGCACUGGCAGGAGGAGCUUAUCGUAGGUGGGACCAAGAAGAAUGACAGCGGCAAACUUCUGAGUGCACAGGCUCUUCAGACCAUGUUCCAACUCAUGACCCCAAAGCAGAUGUACGAGCACUUGAAGGGUUACGACGAAGUCUCGCACAUCAACUGGAACGAGGACAAAGCAGCUGCCAUAUUAGAGGCCUGGCAGAGGAGAUACUCUGAGGCCGUCCAGCAGAGUGUGACGGUAAAUUCGUCUCAGAAAGUUCUCACGUUCACCACCACCACCCUGGAAGACAUCCUUAAGUCCUUCUCUGAUGUCAGCGUGAUCCGUAUCGCCAGUGGCUACCUCCUAAUGCUUGCCUAUGCGUGUCUGACCAUGCUGCGGUGGGACUGCGCCAAGUCUCAGGGGGCGGUCGGGCUGGCCGGAGUGUUGCUGGUCACUCUUUCUGUCGCCGCUGGACUGGGACUCUGCUCGCUUUUGGGCAUCUCCUUUAACGCCGCUACCACACAGGUUUUGCCGUUCCUGGCCCUUGGUGUAGGGGUGGACGAUGUCUUUCUCCUGGCUCAUGCUUUCAGCGAGACUGGCCAGAACAAGAGGAUUCCAUUCGAGGACCGCACUGGUGAAUGUCUGAAGAGGACUGGGGCUAGUGUAGCCUUGACUUCCAUCAGUAAUGUCACAGCAUUUUUCAUGGCUGCCCUUAUUCCAAUCCCAGCACUCCGAGCCUUCUCCUUACAGGCUGCAGUGGUUGUGGUGUUUAACUUCGCUAUGGUGCUGCUGAUCUUUCCUGCCAUCCUCAGCAUGGACCUGUACCGCCGAGAGGACCGCCGCUUUGACAUUUUCUGCUGCUUUGUUAGCCCUUGUGCUAACCGGGUGAUCCAUUUAGAGCCGCAGGCAUCGUACGGUGACUCCUCCGCUGACUCGAGCCGCUACAGCCCUCCGCCCUCCUACAGCAGCCACAGCUUCGCCCAGCACACCCAAAUCACCAUGCAGUCCACCGUACAGCUGCGCACCGAGUACGACCCCAGAACACAGGCCUACUACACCACAGCCGAGCCCCAUUCUCACAUCUCCGUCCAACCCUAUGCUCCAAAUCCCAACCCCAACCGCAACAACAAUAACAACAACCGCAACAACAGCAGCACAGGGCCAGGAGCGGCUUCUGAUACAGCAUCCUGCCAGAGUCCUGAUGGUGCUAGCUCCACACGAGACUUGCUAUCUCAGUUCGGGGAGUCGAGUUUACGCUGCCUGGAACCACCAUGUUCGCGAUGGACGUUUGCAUCAUUCGCUGAGAAUCAUUAUGCACCGUUUUUACUGCAGCCUACAACAAAGGUAGUGGUAAUUUUGCUCUUCUUGGCACUACUCGGGGUCAGUCUGUACGGCACCACCCGCGUCCGUGACGGUUUAGAGCUGACUGACAUUGUGCCUAGGGAGACGGGCGAAUACGACUUCAUCCGUGCCCAAUUCCGCUACUUUUCCUUCUACAACAUGUAUGUGGUUACCCAGAGAGCGGACUAUGCACAGAUCCAGCCUCAGCUCUAUGAGCUACACCAACGCUUCGGCACUGUGAAGUACGUCCUGCGGGAGGAGAACGGCCAGCUCCCACUCAUGUGGCUGCAUUACUUCAGAGACUGGCUUCAAGGUCUGCAGGAGGCAUUCGAUAAGGACUGGCAGGCCGGUAGGAUCACUCAGGGGAACUAUAAAAACGGCUCUGACGAUGGUGUCCUGGCCUACAAACUCCUGGUGCAGACUGGCCGCAGGGAUAAGCCAGUCGACAUCAACCUGCUAACCAAACAGCGGUUGGUGGGUGCCGAUGGAAUCAUCAACCCAAACGCCUUCUAUAUUUAUUUAUCUGCCUGGGUGAGCAAUGACCCGGUGGCCUACGCCGCAUCCCAGGCUAACAUCCGUCCUCACCCUCCCGAGUGGCUCCAUGACAGGACAGACUCAAUUCCUGUCAGCAGACUCAACAUUCCUGCUGCUGAGCCCAUCGAAUAUGCACAGUUUCCCUUCUACCUCAACGGGCUUCGUGAGACGCCACAGUUCGUGGAGGCCAUCGAGAGUGUCCGUGCCAUCUGCAGCAACUACAGCCGUCAGGGCCUGCCCAGCUACCCCAACGGCUACCCCUUCCUCUUCUGGGAGCAGUACGUAGGCCUGCGUCACUGGCUCCUGCUGUCCAUCAGCGUCGUGCUGGCCUGCACCUUUCUAGUGUGUGCUGUCUUCCUGCUCAACCCCUGGACUGCGGGAAUCAUAGUGUUGGUGCUGUCUUUGAUGACGGUAGAGCUGUUCGGCAUGAUGGGAUUGAUCGGCAUCAAGCUCAGCGCUGUGCCCGUCGUCAUCCUCAUCGCUUCUGUUGGUAUCGGUGUGGAGUUCACCGUCCACGUGGCACUGGCGUUCCUCACAGCCAUCGGGGAUAGGAACAAACGAGCCGUUCUAGCGCUUGAGCACAUGUUUGCCCCAGUGUUGGAUGGAGCGUUUUCCACCCUGUUAGGAGUCUUGAUGUUGGCAGGGUCAGAGUUUGACUUCAUAGUCAGGUAUUUCUUUGCUGUUUUGGCCAUCCUAACAGUAUUAGGGGUCCUGAAUGGACUGGUACUGCUCCCAGUCUUGUUGUCCUACUUUGGCCCUUAUCCUGAGGUAUCUCCAGUGGAUGGACGAAGCCGGCUGCCCACCCCAUCUCCAGAGCCUCCCCCACAGGUGGUCCGCUUCACCACACGGCCCAGUCACACGCCCCCUGGAGCAUGUUCAGCAGACUCCUCAGACUCAGAAUACGGUUCCAACACUACUGUGUCUGGCAUUAGCCAAGAACUUCAGCAAUAUGACCUCCAGCCCAACAGGGGGCGAUCAGCCAGACUAGAGGAGGUGCAGAUUGCCACAGGGGGACGACAAGGCAGUCGUCAAGUUGAACUGCCAGUGUUUCCUUCUCACUCAGUGAGUAGAGCGUUUAUAUUUCUAUAUGUUUUACAUAAAAACAAUGAACUAACAGUGUUACAAUGUUUUCCACAGGAUGACUCUAGACAGCAGCAACCACAGCGGCAUUACAGGUCUACCCAUCUGCCCAGUUCUCAGGAUGCUGGACCUCAGUCGUCAAAGCGAUACUGUAGCAGGGACCCUAAGAGGGACCUUGGGAGUGGACACCCGCCCCCCCCUCACAGGCCGCGCAUGGAUGCUUUUGAAACCGCUACUGAGCCAGGUGGCCGUUCGGGCCCCAACCACCGGGAACGUUCAGGGGCCCAUCGCCCCCGUUCCCACAACCCCUACUCUCACCCUUCCCAUCCGUCCACAGGCCCUCCCUACUGUCAGCCCAUCACAACGGUGACGGCCUCAGCCUCGGUGACGGUCGCCGUUCAUUCGGGGAUACCCGGCCAGAGCCCUGCCUACCCGUCCUACCCCUCCAAUGACAGCUAUCACACUUCAGAAGAUGUCUACACUGACCCUCACUUCUCCGACCCUCACGUGCCCUUUGACGAGAGCAACGACAGCUCAAAAGCGGAGGGCAUGGAGCUGCAGGAUCUAGAAUAUGACGCUCCCAAUGUCUGCCACACAAGACCCUCCAGCUGAGUGGUUGAAUGUUGAAGCUCAAACAGCCAAAGAUGGGACAUCUGUCUGCCAGCGUGGCAGAAACAUGGUGCUGCAUGGCAGGGACACUUUGACCAGCGGCGCCAUUUCGGUGCUUGACUCUGUUACUGUAUAACCCUGGUGUAUUAUUGUUAGAUAUUUCUAAGUAUUUAUGUGUACACAAAUGUAAAUAAUGAAUGAGAGUAGCUAUAAUUUGACCGGGGUCGUCAGACUUGUGUGUUCCAAGUGCCCACCCAUCAUUUGGGUAUCUGUGCCAUAAGGAAACUUCAUUCUUGACAAACAUUUCAGCAUACAGUCGUUGCUGCUUAUGAUAUUGUUGUAAUGUUUGUAUAAUGCUAUGCAAUUAUUUUCUCUAAUUUUAUAGAACUGUGUGUGUGAGAGUUUGAAAAUGUAUAGUUUUUGUUGUUGUAUGUGUGCAUGUAUGAAUAUUUUGGUCCACGUCAGGCCCCCUAGACCCCUGUUUCCACCUGGUAUUAUUUUGGUUGAUCGGAUCACAAGUGGAUGAAGUUAAAUACAGGUGUAAACGGGGUAUAAAACGUUUUGAGCUUGUCCACUUUCGACCACUUUCAGAGGUAGUCGAAAACACAUUCAACUGGAUUGCUUUCGUAGUGGAAACGCUUAUGUGGCUGAAUGUGUUCGAACAGCCACUAAAGACCACCUACUCUCUGCCUACUGAAUGUGUAAACAUUAUGGAAAGCGCAUUAGCCAGGCAGGAUUUAAACUUUGUCGACUGAAGCCAUAAGUUUGGUUUGAAGAAAAUGUACCAAGCACAAUGUUCUCUCACCAUUCCUGAUUUCUAACACAAACUCACCGGUUUCGGUGUUGUCUUGCAGCUGUCAGAGCAGAAACGAAAGCUGCUGCUCUCAUUAUGUUUUUCUGUUGUUUCUGGGCGCGUUCAUAUGUAAAUUGCGCAAGUUUAUUUUGUCCAUUACAUCAAAAGAUCUGAAAAAAACCCUUACAUUUACCCACCCCUCAAAGAAAUCAGGACAGAAGUGUUUGAAAGUGGCCAAAAGAGACGGAUUGAAAUACCAGGUGUAAACGGGAAUGUGUCUUCCUCGUCCACUUGUGAUCCGAUCGACCAAAACACACCUUAAUGCCAGGUGGAAACAGGGACUCAGAUGCAUAUUAACUAACAAGAACAAACACUAAGUGACCUAACAUAAUAUGUUGAAUGAUUUUGUGGCAGUUCCAUUGCACUUACGGUACACUUCUGUUCAGAACACCAGUACAAAACUGCACAGAUACUUUCACUUUCAGAGGACACAUUCAGGGAAAUAUUUGUUCAGACAUAUGCUAGAACAUGUAGAACUUCACAUUAAUAUCCAGCUGUUUGCCGACAAGCAUCAGAUGUUUAAGCGUGCGUGCGGAUGUUUGCGUUUUGUGUAUAUUGAAGCGUUAGAGUUUAUUCUUUUUAAUGUUAAUUUGCUUAUCACAAACCUGUGGUAGUUGGAAAAAAACAAACAAAUACUGUUUAACAAUGAAACACGCUAUGCGUGAGAAUUUAGCUGAGCAGAAAUGAAGAAGGAAAUGAGUGAUUGUUGGGUGACUGUGCCUCUGUUUUUCUGUCCUCCGUACUGGAACUCUCUCUGGUCUCUUGUAUCUUCAUAUUCCAGUUAUUUACUGUAAAACGGUCAUUUGUGGCCACCCUAAAUUUGCUCAUGACUCCAACUUUGCAUUACUAAAGUAAUGUAAUGUGACGGUUCUUUCGGGUUUCCAUUGUAGCGUUUUGUUUGUUUGUUUGUUUGUUUGUUUUUAUGGUACGGCAUUAUUUCUGUUUGAUCGUGGUUUAAGCUAAAACAUUACUGUUAAAACAAUAUCCGCUCUGAUUCUGGUGACGUAACUUUUUUUUGUCUUAUUUUUUGUUUUAAUAAGCUAAGCUAACGAGCAAUCUCAAGGUGUGCGUCGCAUAACGGCCGAUCAUGACGAUGGUUUUUGUCAAUUCGUUGACCUCCUCAAUGACAAACCACAACUACUGGCCCUAAUUUAGCAUGAGCAGUUCUCUGCGCUGACCUCACCUCAUAAAAAUCCACAACAUAACGCUGUGACACUAAUUGGACGUUCCCCCUCGACUGCCAAAUGGUGCAUGCGAGUGCUUUAAGGGUCAAGGGUCGUGGAGCCACCACUCCUCCAUGGCUCUGAAGCUGGCAUGCGUGUCUUAAAGAGUAUGUUUGUGUGUUUGCUGCAACCCCCUCAUCCAGAUUGACUUCCUGUCAAACAUAUGUUUGUUCUUGACAAAGACUUUGAGAGCUGUUCUGUGUUGUUUGUUUGUUGUGUUUGUGUUCUCCUACAUGUCACAUUGGCAGAAAUGGGAGAAAAUCAUGGCUGGCAACUAUUGUAAUGUUUAUAUAUAUAUAUAAAUAUAUAUAUUCUAUUUUUUUUUUUUUUUUUUUACAUUUGUUUUGCAAUAUUUAUAUUUUUGUAUAAUAAGAUGUUUUGUUCAAUAAUGGUCAUAAUGCCAGUUCUUAACAAUGCAGGGAUUUCUACGUCUGUCGGAAAACACUAUUAUUACAGUUUCUUUGUUACAUUAAUGGAUUUUGAUCUGUAUAAAGUGCUUACUAAUGUUAAAUAGGAAAAAAAGAGUAUAUAACAUUUACCUUACAGAUUCAUCAUAGCUCUUAGAGGAAUUUAAAAGGAAAAAAUGUUUUUGUUUUUUUUUACAGACUGCCAUUUUUUUUUCUUGUUUUUGCGUGGAUGUAUGUCGUUUUCAGUUACAAAGAUAAAUGUAUGCCAUAUAAUUUAUUUAUAUGAAAAUUUAUUUUUGUAGUGUACAUAGUAGUUGUCAAGUUAUUUGACAGAAGUAUAUUUUUAAAGAGUUUAUAUGUAAUGCUACCAUUUUUGUGAGAACAUAACUGAGAAGACAUUAAGAUGCACACUUUCAUUGCUAACUUGUUCUCUGACAACUAAAGUUCCCCUGUUACAGUGUUAUAUAGACGAGAGUGAGUCCAAUCUGAAGACUGUUUUUGGGUUUUGUGAAAAGCUAGCCAUGAAAGUAGAACAAAUGUACUAGCUCUCUAAAUAAUGUUCAAACACUGAUAGAAUUCUAACAAAUAAAAAUAUUAUAACUUA